UCAAAAUUUACAUUGACAACAAGAUGUCGGACGCAGGAGCAGAUCCACCAAAGCGGAGUAAAAAACUACCCCCAAUUUCCUCUGAGGAUGGCGAUGAACAAAAGAAACCCGUCAAAAAGAAAAAGAAGAAGGCCCCGAGCUCAGAGGCGAACGGCACGACCUCUGUAAAAUCGGAUGAAACGCCAAGAAAAAAGGUAGUGAAAAAGAAAGAUGGAGAGGGGUCUGAUAAACCUACUCCAAAGAAACGCAAGAAACCUACAGCCACGGAAGAAGGCGAAGGAGACCCUAGUUCUGCUAGAAGUGCAGCAAGCAAAGACGAGGAUGUAACUGGAAGCAAAGCAAGUCUGAUAUCUAAAGAUACAAAAGGAAGUGGAACACCAAAAAAGAAAGUCAAGAAGAAAAAGAAACCUUCCUCUACGACAGCUACUCCCCGAGAGGAUGACGAGUGGGCGGAUACUUUAACAGCAGAGUUACAGACCAUACAUGAGGAUGUUGUGAGUCCAAGUGGCAAAAAGGGCAAAGAUGAAGUACUACUUCACCCAUUUUCAACAGAGGCAGCAGUACUAAAGAGUCAACCUUUGGAAAAACUUUUCAUUGAGACCGACAGUGGAUUUAAAGGAGAAAGCAAAGUCAAGUAUGCCAAGAAGUGGAGAGAGGAAGAAGCUAUCCGAGAGCAAGAACCAGAGCAGCAAGUGGAGUCAACUAUCUUGUUUGCUAUAGGAUCACACAAAGUGUUUGUGACAUUCUGUCUGUUUUUACAUGGACUAACAGCAGGCAUUGCUAUGUGGCACCUGACAAUGACAUACAUUUUGUUGUAUUUCUCAUACAUUGACUUUCUGGAGCAUUACAGAAUUCUGGCACUUCCAGUACAGUGCAUGUUUUAUAUUCUCCUUGUGUUGUGUACAAUUUCAGCUUGUGAUAGGUUUGAUAUAGGCCGUCCCACACGUAGAUUUGUUCUACAGUCUUUCACGCUGCAGACAGGCACGGUGUCCAUCGUCAUCUAUUUUGUGGCUCUUAUACUGAGCCUAUGUAUGGCAAAUCUGGAAGACAAAAUGAACUUGUACAACAGAUAUCCAGACCUCUGGAUGGAUGUGAAUAAUAAUAAUAAUGUACUGUCCAGCGCAGGUGAUGACAUCAGUACAUGGAGAGAUCUGAACACGGCUCGCUGCUGCAUGGCCAUCCUGGCCUGGAUCGUGCUGUCAAUCACAGCUUCCACAGACAGACUAACAGACAAUCUGAGGGCAGGAGAUGAUGAGUUUCUGGAGGAUGUGGGGACUCAACAGAAAGUGUGAACACUAAUAGUGCCUACAUCUGUAUUUAUUAUGCCUUAUUAUGGGGUGGUUCUCCCGUACUAAUUUGUAGUAUUGAAAUUAGAUUAUACCCAAGAUCACUGGAGUAUCUAAUGAACAUUAGUUACAUGUAUAAAUUGUAUUUAUUUAUGAAGUGAAAUUCUGUGAUCAAAGGAAUAUUCCAAACAUUUACAUGUUUACUGUAGCAUAUGCAUAUGUAAAAUAAUGCUAGAUAAAUCUAAAGUAAG